AUGUCGGACGGCGGCGCCAGCAACGGUGGCAGCCGCAAGAGCUUGCUGCAGCAUAUACGCAGCAGGCUUCAAAUCCCGUCUAUAAGGCAUUUCCCGGCGCAGGCGGACGCUCCACAGAGAUGGAGAACGCAGAUAGGAGGAUUUGACCCUGCGACCCCUUACGCCGAGGCUCUGAUCAACUAUCACAACCACGCGGCUACUUUCAUGAUUUUCGUGGUUCUGACUGUUGUCCACACUAUCCGCAAGUAG